AUGGAAAAAAAAAAACAAGGUACAGGUAGUGAUCCUGCUUUAAUUCUGCAUUUCGGUAGUGGUUGCAGCAAGGAAUUGCAGGAACGCUUAAAUACAGUCACAAAUAAUUGGCAUAAAGAUAGAAGACGCACAAAGUCGGAUGCGGACUGGAAUGUAUUUUGGGAUACCGACAUCAAGAAUCAAAUGGUAAAUCUUUCUGCAGGCAUACUCCGGGAGAAAGAUAAGGUUGACAGUGAAUGUAAUAACAUUAAAGGGAUGGAUAAUGCAAAUAAAGAGGCAUGUAAGCUUAUUACAGCAGGAUUAAAACAUAUUUAUAAAAUUCCAAAGGGGAAAGACGGGACACAACAGAAGAAGGAGGACGACCAAAUAUUCCAUCGCACAAUGUCUUGUGUCCUAUUAAAUGCAUAUACCGAAAAAUUGAAAGAACACGCUGGACAAAAACAGAAUUGUAAUAUAGAUGUUGGCAUAAAUCAUGCUUUUAGUAAAAGUGGACAAAUUAGAAGUAACACAGAUGGAUGCAAGGAUGAUAAUAAUUGUCACGUAUGCCAGAAGGAGAGCUACGAACAGUGCGAAAUAAACCAUGAAAGGAUAAAAGACAGGGUGAAUAAAUUGCUCAAGUGGAAGGAAAGCGAAAUACAAAAAACACUAACUAGCAUAUGUCCAACACCUCCACCUGUUCCACCCGCCAAUCCCAAAUCCCAAUUAACAAGUACGAUUGAUUGUAAGGAUGAAACUGAUUGCUUAAAUAAAAAGGUCGAAAAAGUAUUCCAAAAACGAUGGAAUGCAAAUAACGACCAAGUGUAUGGCCUAUUUCAAGAAUUCAACAGGGAACUAAAUGACGACGAUGAGAAGGAUGGUUUAACAUCCGUUUGCGACGAAGUCGUGGGAGAUGAAAGCAUGGUCAAACAUAAACUUCACAGGUGCUUCUGUAAAAUUCUUAUAAGGAAUUUAGGUAAAGUAACAAAUAACGACAGCACGUAUAGGUACGACAACAGAACGUGGAAAAUUCGCGACAUGGAAGGGAAUGUGCCAUGUCAUCUUUUAAACUUAUGGUUAUUAUUAUACGGAAUAAAAUAUGGCAUGCAAGAAAAGGAUGUUUUGUAUGCAUUCAAAGCAAUAACUAAUUUGAAAGAACUAUAUGAGGAGCAAUAUGAGAAUUGUGUAUAUACAGGGAAUUUUGAAGUUAAGCAAGAGGACGGAGGUGCUGAUUUUAGGGACAUUUAUAAAUGGUUUAUGAAUCAUGACAUUAUAAACAAAAUGGGGGCAAUAAGGUACGGGACUGCAUGCGUAAGAAAAGAUGGGCAGGGCAGUGGACACAGUAAAAGUGUAGGGAAGGAUAUAAAAGAAGUGAGUGACGACUUGAGAAACAAAGCAGAGACCGUUGCUAAAGAAAUACAGAAAGGACUUCCCAUAGUUAAAGAAGUUGAAAAGGAAGAAAAACCUCCUAGUUCUGGUGGGAAUCCAGGGAGACCCCCCAUCCCCAAAUCAGGUUGUUCUGUACACUUGGGGAACAAUGUCCUGGACGAAGAGGAAGAAAAUUGGGGUGAAGUGUUUUCAAGUUUCUCCAAUAACCCAACUAAUAGUAAUGAGGAAGGGUAUAAGUAUAAUGAAUAUGCAGCCCUUUCCUCCUGGUGCGAAGAUGUGGAUGAAGAUAGUACGGUGGAUCUGACGAAACAUAAAGAGUUCUGCAAAGUGUUGUUGAAAAAUUUAUUAAUAGUAAAUAAGAAUAAGUUCGCGUGUGAGGAAAAAAUGGAAGAGAAUAGAAUAAAAGGGAAAUGGUGCGUCAGCAAAUGUGAUUUAUUAAAUAUAUGGUUAAUGUAUAUAAGUGAUUAUUGUGUACCCGAAGAUAUUAUAAAAGAAGUAUUCUCGAGAAUGCAUAGUAUAAGUGGAUACAUGGAUGGUACGGAGAACUAUGCAGAUUGUGUAUACAAAUCUUUCAGUAACCUAAGAAGGGGGGAUGAAGACAUAUUACAUAAUAUUAUGAAAUGGAUGCAAUGUAAAGGCAAGAAAGGGGGAAUGGCAGAAGUACACACAAAAAAUUGGUGCAAGCAUGAUAAAAGCAAAUGGACCAAUGCACCACAAUAUUGGGGCAAGAAGGAUGGACUAAGUGUAAAAGUAUCUCAAGAAUUAAACACAUGGUUGGCAAAGGUGAAUGAAGCUAAGAAAACGUACAGGACAGAUUUGGAUAAAAUAAAGGACUUAGCAACUAAAGACAGUCCACCCCCAUCACAUCAACCAGAUGGUGCAGGCAGUACUAGUAGUAAAAAUUUAUGCCAACGUCUAGAGGAAGCAGCAGAGACGUGGAAAACAAUCGGAGGGCACAAAGACCUGAAUAAAAUUUGGGACGACAUCAAGCCCAGAGUCACAGAACUUUCCAAUGCAAUAUCAACACCGAACAAGGAUGCGGACGAUUUAUGCAGUAACAUUCAAGGGACAAAUGGUGCACCUACAGAAAAAGAGAAAGAAGCAUGUCAAUUCAUUACCAGAGGAUUAAAGCACUUAUAUGGCAUUGAGAAAGAAGAAGAAAAUAAGGACAUGAACGCUCAGAAGAACUGGGAAAUUAAGACUACUGUAACUUGCGCACUGUUGAAUUUAUAUGCAAAAGAAAUAAAAGGCAAAUGCAAUGUCACGGAUAGUAUUAUAGAACAAUCCUUCACUCUGGGUGAAAGUAACCUUAAAAUUUGGUGUAAGGUUGGGGAUGGUAAUAGUUGUAAGGAAUGCAAAAGAGAUAACUGCACAAAUUACAAAGUAAACGGAAAGGAUCUAUGGCAAGAAGUGAAUAAUAGGCUCCAGGAGAAUAGUGACAUAAUGCAAGCUAUAAGUACUAUAUGUACAGAUAAUAAAAAACCGGCUGGUACACGAAGGUCAGAAGAUACCUCCGGUCCAGUGAAGCAGACGGAGAAGAAACCUAAUCAGGAGAGUAUAGGUAAAGAUACAGCAUCCUCCAAGGGCACUCCUGGAAGUAAGGACUGUAAUUCUCUACAGGGAACUGAAGAUGGAGCAGCUGCUCUUGAAUGCCUCGAUGCUCAGGGAGAACAGGGAACUCAUGUAGAUAAUGUGAGGAACGACGAUACCCCUUCUCAAGAUUCCGGUCCCAUAGCUCAGGAUAAUUCACAGAAGCCUGGUUCUUCCGGUCCAGGAUCGGCUUCUAUAGGAAGCCAAGACACUGGUAGCCCUAGACCACCAGGUUCCAAUGAGGUUAGUUCUGCUUCCAGUUCAGAUAGUUCCUCUUCCAGCAGUAGUUCAAGUUCUUCAGGUUUAGGUGACCAAAGUGGAGGUGGUACGAGUGCAGGUAAAAAUACAGGGACCAGAAGUGUCACCCAGCAGGAUGAUGUUGACCAAUCUAAUGGAGGACUACAGCAGCCACAAGUCAGUGGGAGGACAGAGUCCAGGACAGUCCGUUGUAACAACAGAAUCAACAACAUCAACUCAACUAACACCAACAUCACCACCAUCAUUAUCUGGAAGUUAUACAACAAAAAGAAGUGGUAA